CUCAAAAAGGAAGUUGGUAGUAUUUACAUUUCCGUACAUGCGUACAUCUGUCAAAUUAUCGGAAGCGCCCGGAUGUUUUUGCAGCAACUGGAGUAACUUAUCAGCAUCUAAUUUACGUUAUAAAAAUGGGGAAUGAAAACUCUCUUCCUAUGGAACUAUGUUCCAAUUUUGAUGCAGAUGAAAUUAAAAGACUUGGAAAAAGAUUCAGAAAGUUGGAUUUAGAUAAUUCUGGAGCUCUCAGUGUUGAGGAAUUUAUGUCACUUCCUGAAUUACAACAGAAUCCCCUUGUUCAACGAGUUAUAGACAUUUUUGAUACAGAUGGUAAUGGAGAAGUAGAUUUUAAAGAAUUCAUUGAAGGUGUGUCACAAUUUAGUGUUAAAGGAGAUAAGGAGAGCAAGUUGCGUUUUGCAUUUAAGAUAUAUGACAUGGAUAAAGAUGGGUACAUAUCAAAUGGUGAGCUGUACCAAGUAUUAAAAAUGAUGGUAGGCAGUAACUUGAAGGAUCAUCAACUCCAGCAGAUAGUGGACAAAACAAUAAUACAUGCAGAUAGUGAUGGUGAUGGAAAAAUCUCAUUCGAAGAAUUUUGUGCAGUUGUAGGAGGAAUGGAUGUCCAUAAAAAGAUGGUUGUAGAAAUAUAGGGACAACAGACAUUAGCAAAUUCCAUUUUAGGCAUUUCAUAUACUUUGUUCUUUCAAUUUUUAUACAUAAAAGUAAUAUGAGUGGCCAUAAUAAGAAAUGGUUAUUGUGGUAUUUUGGUAUUAGACAAGAAAAAAUUCCAUUUUGUUCAUUUUAUACAUUACAUAAACUGUGUUUCCAUGACAACUUCACAUAAAGCAGCCAAUCAGGAUUAUAGUGGAAGAUUUUUGAGCUUUCACUUGGACUAUUUUAUAUAUUAACAGAAAAAGAAAUUGAAAAGUACAGGAAAAGAAAGGAAGAUUUGAAUCAGAAUUUACUUGUAUGUUUAAGAAGAGAACUCGAUAGAACAGCUGUGCUCACUCAGUAAUGGUAGAAUGUAAACUGAACAAUUUGUUGAACGAAAAAAUUUGUCCAUGUAAUCUGUUUAAUUAUUUCUGUUAAGUAUUUCAAUUUUUAAUCAAUGCUGACAAGAUUAUUUUGGUAUUAGAUACUGUGAACAAAACACAUUUAUUAGGAAGUGAUGGGAGUAUAAACAUACUUUACAGAACAAACUGUUGGGAGGUUCUUACUCUAUAUUUUACUCAUGUAGCUGGAUAUCUAGUUAACUAUUUGCCUGGUAUGUCUAAUAAAGCUUUAAUAUACAGAUACCAAUAAACAAGUUUAUGAUCAUUUGAAUGUUUUUGGUAUGAUGUGCUGGUAUACUGAGACUAACAUGAACAUAGAAUUUAUAAGUCUGGUAGAAGAUUAUAGAAUAAAUAGAAAAAUUCUUUAAUUUAAUGAUAAGUCAAAUUAUUAAUAGUGUUAUGCAUCUAGGUGUAACUAAGAAUAGAAAUUAAUAACUGUAUAGGGGGGGAUUGAUUUGUGAUGUUUAUUUUCACUAUAUUCAUAUUUCUUGGAGAAUCUGGUCGUCGAACUUAACAGUUUGCUGGAUUUUUUUUCUCACUAAAUCAGGCUAAAGUAAAUGACUUUUGAUCAUUCAAUGUGUUUCUAACUUGUUUUCAAAAUUAUUUAUAUAAAAAACUUAAUAAUUUACUAGUUAUCAUGAAAAUCAAUAAACUGUAUUUAUAACCUGUAUUAUUCAGAAUGUGAUGAUUCAGUAUUGGCAGCCUUUCAAACAAGCAUACCAAUUUUACCAAUUUCAACUUAGCAAAAAUGAUUUUCCACAUUUAAGAAAUAUAUGCGGAUAAAUGAACCUGUGAAUCAGGCCACAGGAUAGAAAGAACCAGCAAAUUUAAAGCCCUAUACUGUAAUUACAGUUAAGUUAAAUUCUUUAAAAAAUAAAUGAUGAAUAAUUGUUAUUAUAUGCAAUAUUGAUCAGAAAGUAUAAUUAUUAACAGUAUAGUAACUGGUAUCACUUGAUAAAUUUUUUUUAAAAGCAUUAAAUCUCAUUAUGUAUACAUUAAUUCAUGAAAUAGAAAAGUAGUUCUGUAUAUUUUCCAAUAUACCUUGCACUUUUAUAAUUUUUUUAUCAAGGAUAUGUCGUGGAUUUAAGGAAAUACAAUUAUUUGAUUUUCAGCUUGGUCUGAUAAUUAUAAAGCUAGUUUUGAGUCUUAUUAUUUAAUUUGAGUCUCAAUUAUUUAAAUUUUAUUUUCUCUAUAUUUAAACACAUGUAUGGAUAUUAAGCUCAGUAUAUAGACCUGUUUAAAUGUCAUCCUAUAAUCUAGAAUGUUAAUUUCAUCUGGUUACUUCAAAUGCACUAUUAUUGUAAUAUAUUCCAUGAUUUAUUGAUUCUAGAAUUUUAUAAAUUUUGUAAAUAUUGUACUUUUUCUUAGAGAAAAUCUAGCAUUUUUUAAAAAUAAAUUGAGCCGCGUCACGACAAAACCAACAUAGUGCGUUUGCUACCAGCAUGGAUCCAGACCAGCCUGCGCAUCCGCGCAGUCUGAUCAGGAUCCAUGCUGUUCGCUUACCAACUCUAUUACCAAGUAGAGAAACUGAUAGCGAACAGCAUGGAUCCUGAUCAGACUGCAGGGAUGCACAGGCUGGUAUGGAUCCAUGCUGGUCGCAAACGCACUAUGUUGGUUUUGUCGAGACACAACUCAAUUAUCUCCUAUAUUUACCCUUUUAUUGUUUGCUGAAAGUAAGGUGUAUGUAUAUCAGUUGAUCAUUAUUUAUAACACACAUUUAUGAAUCAUGCACAGCACAAUAAUGUUGACACUUUAAAGUUCACUUAUGUAAGGCUUUAUUAAUAUAUUUAAAUUUGUAUUUAACUAUUUGUUUUUUCUAAUCAGAAAGUGAAAAAAUGUUACUUACUGUACAUGUGAUGACUAAGCACUAAAAUGCCCAAUUCAAGAUAAGCUUACAUAUAAAAUUAGUUUCAGCUUUGAAGUAUCCUAUAAGUCAGGAAGACUUUUUGAACAUUCUGACCUUGUGCAACAGUGACAUAAAAUAUAUAGAAAAACUGUUCAUUUGACAAAUUCUUUGUUGAAUGAUACACAAUUAAGAAGAUAUAUCAUUUUAAAAGUUUAUCUCGUUAAGUAUAUCAUGCUAUUAUAAUUAGAAUAGAAUGGAAGGAAAUUGUUAACAUAAUAAUAUUGUUAUUCUAGGAUGUCUUAAGUUCUGUGACAAGGAUUUAUUUUAACGUUGCUAAAUAAGAUAUAUAAGUUCACAAAAUGUAUAUGUACAGGUUCCUUAUAACAAAGGUAUCUUAUGAACAUACAAGAGUUAUAUUUAUAUGAUUAUUGUCAUUUACAUUUCUUUAGAAAUAGAACACAAUUUAUUUUAUUGCAGAACAGGCAAAACAUUUAUCAAUAAUUAUCUAAUUAUCUCCCUUUGUAGAAAUUGUUGAAUUUUACCUUAUCUAUGUUAGAUAUUCUUUCUAACUUAUAAUAUUGGUAAUUCUUCAUUUGAACAACAUGUUAAUCAUAUAAGAGCAUAAAAUUUUUCAGGAACAGGGACAUUUAUAUUGUAUCUGAUAGACUACAGAUUCUAUAAAUUUAUUGAAAGGUUCUUCAGAAAUAUUUAAAUAAAUUGAGUGACAUGGUUUUAUUAUUUUUCUACUUGAUUGUUUACAAGCAAUUAUCAUUUUACAAGCAUCAAUAUGAUAGUUUACAUACUGGGUGUUAGAGUGUAAGCAAACCAACAUUUGAAUGUUUCUAAAUAUAAGUGAUUUAAUAAAUUUCGCCUCAUGAAUUUUUACAUAUAUAUGUACAUGUAUUUAUAUACUUAUAUGUUUCCAAAGCUACUUAAAUCAUCAUAUAUUAAAUGUUACAUUUUUAUUGUUUAUUUCAUUUAUGUCAUGAUUUUUCUAUACUCUAUUUUCUUAUUUUCCAAAACUUUUAAUUGUGACAUAGUCUUAAAGAAUCUCAUUAAGUAGAAUUAUGUUGAGGGUGUGAGUAUUUAGAGAGAACUGUCUGUACAUAUAGUAUAGAAAUAGAAGUCCUAUUAUAAUACCUGGUUCGAAGGUUACAAUGAAAAUCUCAAUAGCUUAUUCUCAGGUCAUAAGAAUUUGAUUGUUCAGAAACUGCCACAGAAUGUACACUGCCCCAUGAAAACCCCAAAAUUUGAGACAGUACUCAGAUAAACCACAAGGCUAGUAUUGUUUAGUUCCAUGAAGCAGAAUCAACAAUGGUUCAAAUACAUUUGAAAGUUUCAUCCCCAUUGAGAUAAAUUAAAUUAUAGAAGUAGGGAAGUUAGUGAGGGGCUCCUAGGUGCCUGUGAUUGAUUAAACUCCUGAAAAGUAUUGGUCUUGCUUGAUAAAACAAGUGACAAGUACAAGGAAAUAAAAG